UUCCAAUACUAUAUACUUGAAUCGAACUCUAUGCCAUUUUUUCACAUGACGCUUCCGAAAACGGUGCCUCCAUUUCCGGCGACCCGAGUGGUUAGAUCAUCCGCCUGCCCUAGUUGCGACCUCUGGACUGACGUUGAUACCACCACUCCACCACUAACACAAUGAAAAAUGACACCACCAAGCGCAGAGACAGGAAAUGAAUAUGAUGUGCAGACUGAUCUACAUCCAUUGCACAAUGUGAUUGCCCAAGCAAACCCCUCGGAGCAAGAUUCUAGCUCCGGUGACGGCAUCCCGAUUUACACAUCCGGAAAACAGCGUCUGAUAUUCAGGGUCUUUUACGCGCUCAUUGGAAAUAUCCAGAGCAGUAGGUGGGGGAAGCGGUCGAGUGUUUUGCAUCUAGAAAACCUCCUCUCCCAUUAUGUCGACUCGACCAGGAUCGCCAUCGUUGUUGUCGCCGGAUGGAGGUAAGAUGAAGCAGCGACCAAGGCGACAAAAUGCGAACAAGCCAUCCGCGAAAAGGAAAAACGAGAAACAGCAGUUGUUAUUCGACUCUGUGGCUGAACUGCUGAAUCGUCAGUGGUGCACUGAUCAUAUCAAUCAUCCUUCACCGUUUCAUUCUUCAUCCGAACGACAAUGCUAUCCCUAUUCAUCUGGCCCUCCAUCUCCCCCUCAGCAUGAACCUUUUCAUAACGCCAACGCUGAGUCGCAAGAAGAACAAGCCCGCCGCAACCGGAGCGACGGGAGCAGACCAACAACACUUGUGAAUUCGACCGGAUCCAGCAGUAAUCCUCCGUCCAGUCGAUCCUCGCCCUCCCACGAAUUCCAUUUCGAUUAUUCCAACCAGUCUGAUCUAUCCCGCGAACGAACACAGCGACCACAAACGAGUAGCUACUUGGAUGUCACCGCAAUAGACGCAUUUCAUGACGACGAUAUACGAAAGCUGAUAACCCGACUUGCAGCACAAUACGGCCAUGUUUCGCACAUGGGCGUGCUGGACCCGAGUUAUAUAUUCUUCGUCAAUGGUGCUCGGACGGGUGCGUUGUCGUAUAAACUCCAGAACCAGGUUGCUAUAGUCACUGGGGACCCGUUAUGUGAACCGGCAAUUUUUGAGGAUAUCCUGCACGAAUUCAGGGUAUACCGGGCACGACGGCGCUGGGGAAUAGUUAUCAUGGGCGCGAGUGAGAUAUUCAUGAAAUACGUCCGACAGCGCGGGUGGACGGCGAUGCAAUUCGGUGUUGAGCGAGUCUUGAAUCCCAUGGAUAACGAUGUUCUCAUGGAGAAACGCGGGAAGAGAAUUAUAACGCAGAACAAGCACCUGCUAGACCCAAAGAAAGGCGGCUUCUCAUUAGGCGUAUAUAUACCGUCUGUUAGAACGGACCCAGUACUCCAACGCGAGUUAACGGAAGUAUACGACUCCUGGCGCCAUAUGCGCAGCGAAACCGCCCGCGGCAAGUCUCAAGCCUUCAUAACCAUCUACGACCCCUUCUGCCUCCCCGACCUCAUGAUCUUCAUCUACGCGCGCGGCGCCAAUGGCGCAGCAAUGGGCUUCGCAGCCCUCCGCCGCAUACGCGAUUCCCGCGCGUACCAUCUCGACCCCUGCGUCGCGGCACCCUGGUCCCCCAAGGGCGUCAGUGAACUCCUAACCUACACCUCAAUGACACUGCUAAACCAAAUGAACAUCUCCUCCCUAAGCUUCGGAUACGAACCGCUCCAGUCACUCGGUGAAAUGACGGGCAUAGCAUCCGGAAUAGGAAAAGUCAUUCGACAUGUGUAUCACUAUACAUUUCGCCGGUUGCCGUUGGCAGGGAAAAAGCCGUAUCAUGAUAAGUUCCGGCCGGAUGAGAGGCAGGAUGCGGGGGUUUGGUUGGUUUUUCCGGGGGGUGUGCCUGGGUUGAGGCAGGUGUUUGCUGUGGCUCAUGUGGCGCAUAUUAGUAUUAGGAAGUUGGCGUGGCCGGAGGGGGGGGCUAAGGAUAAACCGCGUCGGGUUUGGGAGACAGAACCAAGUUGAUACAUCAUUAUCAUGUUGAUUAUUAUUCACAUAUCCCUAGUCAUACUCGUUGUAUACAGGUAAUUCUCUGAAUACAUUCAGGACACAGCGCUCGACCAAACAUAU